AUGAGCGGGAUUCGCCUCAUGUCUCAGACUGCAAGUGGCAGUAUAAUCAUGUUUGGUACUGGCAAGGAACAACCCGCCUAUGGCACCUCGCUCCGCCCCUGUGGCGAAGAGAUCUUGGAGGAAGAUCACGGAUGGCGAGUCAGCAACAAGCGUUGUAGGGUCUCCGAUGCCCAAUGGGCCCCGCCCCCGGAGAGUCUGGACCGGCACCGUCUUUGGAUAUAG